AAAAGCCCACAGGAAAACCAGCCAAUAGAAACCCACUGGAGUGGGACCCACCGAAACACUCCGCCCGUUAUAUGAUCCGUCCGAUCAAUUGCGCUGCGAAAUCUGACGGCCACGAUCACUCUCCCCCUCCUCCCCUCGAAAAAUUUAAUGGUUGCGUGAACAGAAACGAACGGUCAAUAGGCAAGGAACAAACGAACGAACACGCGCUCGGACUUUGGCUUCUUCUCCGGCAAUGCCCUCCGAUCUUGUGCCCCGUCUCCGGCUGAACCGGUUGUCUUGACGGAGUUUCAUGCAUGGAGCUUUCCCUACUCACUUCGACGGCUUCGCUUGUCGGCUCGACUUCGAGCAGAGCAGCUGCACUGAGCGGUGGCAGUUCGAGGCUCGUUGACUACGCGGCGAGGGGGAGGAGGAGCCAGCGGCCGAGCUUUUGCGAAGCUAGGCCUCCGGUGCGUAGCGUCAAGGCCUCCGCGGAGAGAAGUGAAGGCAUUGAUGGAGGCAGGGAGAGCGAGAGCGGCGGAGGUGCCGGAGGAUUCAGUGGCCCGGCCAUGGAGGUGACCACAUUUGAUCGGAGAUUCGGGGAGUCGGAGUUCCCUGUGUGGGAGAAGAUUGGCGCCGUUGUGAGACUCAGCUACGGAAUCGGAAUCUAUGGGGCAAUGGCCUUAGCUGGGAGAUUCAUAUGCUCGAUUACGGGAGUCGAUAGCAUGGGAGGCUUCCACCCGUCGUUGGAUGCUAUUCUUGAAGGACUGGGAUAUGCCGUGCCUCCUAUUAUGGCCCUAUUGUUCAUACUCGAUGAUGAGGUUGUGAAGCUAUCGCCUUAUGCCCGUGCUAUUAGGGACGUCGAGGACGAGGAGCUCUGGAGUUUCUUCUACGGAAUGUCUCCUUGGCAGUUCGUACUGAUCGUAGCUGCCAGCUCUGUUGGUGAGGAGCUUUUCUACCGAGCUGCUAUUCAGGGAGCGCUGGCGGAUAUGUUCUUGAGGGGCACGAACUUGCUUUCUGAUACUCGAGGACUGGCAUCUCUUACUGGUGUCUUGCCUCCCUUCGUCCCGUUUGCGCAGGCUUUUGCAGCAGUUCUCACUGCUGCUCUUACAGGCUCACUUUAUUAUGUGGCUGCAUCCCCUAAAGAUCCUACAUAUGUUGUGGCACCGGUUUUGCAAUCCCGAACCGGCCGCGAAGAUCUGAAGAAGCUCUUUGCAGCCUGGUAUGAAAGGAGACAGAUGAAGAAGAUAUACUCUCCUCUUCUUGAAGGGCUUCUUGCCCUCUACCUCGGGUUUGAAUGGAUCCAGACAAACAACAUUCUCGCGCCUAUUAUCACACACGGGAUAUACUCCUCUGUGAUACUCGGGCAUGGUCUCUGGAAGAUACAUGAUCAACGAAGGCGAUUGCGCCAGAGGAUCCAACGGCUCAAGUCAGAGGGGAGAACUCCGACUAAGAAGUAAUGCGGCUGCUCAUGUAAUCUUUGAGUAGGUAUGCAGGAACUUGUACAUUACAUAGAGAGUUAAUUGGCAUCUAAAAUAAUUCUACAGCAGUGAAGAUGUAGUGUACCAUACGACAUCACAAGGUAGAAUAGUACUUUAUACCAACAGUGUAUUUAUAUGUAAAUCGGAAAAAUUACAAGAGUAUAGACUCACAAGCACACUGUUAAAUCAUCGGCUACACUGGUUAUCUCCUUGGAAAGUUUUGCUUACUGAUUGUGCUGAUUAU